AUGGCCGACGUCGUUGGCCUGAAGACGCAUGCCCACCUCUUCCGCCGGGGUGGAGGACUCGCACCGCCGUCAGAUGUUGUUUUGUCUUGGCCGGCACCAAACUACAUCGAUCCGGAAACACAUGGUGAUGCUGGGCCUAUCUUUGUGAUCUUAUUCCUGGCGCUGUCCAUUUUAACGUACCUCGCGCGGAUGUGGGCAAGGGUGGUAGUGUCGAAGAACGCGGGCCUUGACGAUUGGAUCAUGACGGCCGCAAUCAUGCCAUUGAUCGGAGCAGCUAUCGCAGUGAUACUUGUCAUCUUCUCGUGCUCGCCUGUCGAGGGAUACUGGCACUACUUCGACAUCUCCUGGAGACUCACGCAUGAACUCAAGUGCCAUAACGAAGGCGCUCAGAUUGUCACUGUAGUUGUCAUCAGCACAUUGCAAGACUUCUUCCUAUGCACACUGCCAAUCGUGCUUAUCUGGAACCUUCAGAUUUCGAAGAGACAAAAGGCUGGACUUUGCGGAAUCUUCGGCUUGGGUCUUUUGACUUGUGUAUGUGGUGUCAUGCGAGCCUACUACGCUGUUUACGUUUACUAUUACACAUACGACAUCACCUGGUACGCAUGGUACGGUUGGAUUUGGACAGCUCUCGAGGCACAGCUUGGCGUCAUGUGUGCUUGUGCGCCUGCUCUCAAGGGUUUCUUCAAGAAAUACUUCAGCCUCAACAGUACCCGCAGUGGCGCAUACGGUUAUGGUACACGGCACCCAAAGUCAAGCGGAGGUAGGAUACCUGGAUACGGCAAGUUUAGUCCUGAGAACUCGCUCGUCACCUCCAACGUCGAAGGAAGCAAAUGGGAGCCGGUCCUUGUCCCCAUGAAUCGCAUCAAAGUCAGCACAACCACGAAUAUCGUAGAAGACAGGGACGAAAGAGUAAGCAUAGGGAGCAAUUCGAGCACAAAGAAUUUGACGGCGCUUCCGUCGACUGCAUUACCCUUACCUGUACACAACGACGAGAGAUUAUCAAAUCCCUCGAUCUGGAACGGAAAUCGCACAGUCAUCACAGCCUAUCGGCACGACAAAGAACUUGAUAUCGAGAAGCAUGCGCACGAUGCUUGA